AUGGCAACUCGCGGCGAGGACCAGGACCUGGUAUUCGAGACUGCCACAUCCCUGCUGCCAACAGAGAAUAAAAAUGGAGGAGAAGAGCCGAAUCAGAAACAACCACAGCGCAUUGUCCCAUGCUUCGGGUGGCAUCCAUGGUUUUCAUACCAGCUCCUCGACGAUAUAAAAGAGGCAAAGGGAGAAGAUACCACUACCAACACCACUAGUAUACUACCAACAGUUCUCAAAGCAUCACACUAUAGACAAGUCCUCACCCCUUCCCCCACCGACCCAGAUUUCCUCUCCACCCUACCGCCCCCGAAACCCCUCUCCCAAUUCAUAGACGAGACGAGAAAACGCCUCCUCACCUUCCCACAUGCUUUAGUCGGCGAGAUAGGCUUAGAUCGUUCCUUCCGACUCCCGACUCCCUGGUCAGGCUCGGAGAUGGAGAACAGGGACGCCCAGGUCACACCGGGCUCGAGAGAAGGGAGACCACUCUCCCCAUAUAAGGUACAAUUGGCGCACCAGAAGAUGGUGUUAAAAGCCCAGCUCCGGUUAGCGGGGGAACUUCACCGGGCUGUCUCCGUGCAUAGCGUACAGGCACACGGGGCGGUUCUGGAGGUCCUCAAGGAAUUAUGGGCGGGACAUGAACGGAGGAUUAUGUCGAAGAGGGAGCGGAAGAGAGAAGAGGAACAGGCGGCUCAUCUGGGUCAUAUUAUUGAUGAGGGAGAAGGAAAGACAUCAUUAUCAUCAUCAUUCGGUUCCCACGUGCAGCAGAAAUCGGCUCCUCUUCCCUUCCCUCCGCGAAUAUGCAUGCACUCGUACUCCGGUCCUGUGGAGCAAUUGAGAUUAUUCCUAGAUCCUUCCGUGCCCGCAGAUAUCUACUUUUCCUUCUCCAGCGUGAUUAAUCUGCGUGGACCGUCGUCGCGUAAAGUUCUUGAUGUGAUCAAGGCUUUGCCGGAAGAUAGGCUGCUGAUAGAGAGUGACCUGCACACGGCGGGAGGUCAAAUGGACGAGUUACUCGAGGAUAUCGCGAGGACUGUCUGUGAUGUACGUGGAUGGGCGUUGGAGCAGGGAGUUCGACAACUUGCUGAGAACUGGAAGAGGUUUGUCUUUGGUUGA